GACGAGUUAAAAGAGCGUGGGGCUGGGGCUCUCGAGACGUUCAUCGUGUGCAUCUGCGGGCACACACACACGUGACGACUUAUACGGCGCGGCGGCGGCAACGGCGGCACGGCAGCAGCUCUCCGCACAUCACAUCAGCUCGAUCAUUAACGAAGUGAUGAGCAACCAUCAGAGCCUUCGGUCACCCGACAAAGUACAGAAUGGCGGCGAAGCAGAAGCCCGAUGUCGUGACGGAGCGCCGGCUUAAGCCCAUCUACGAUAGGCUUGACAAUGGGAAUAACAAAAGCGCUUACCACGAGGCGGAAAAGUUCCUGAAGAAGCAUCCGAAAAAUCAGUGCGUCCGCGUUCUGAAGGCACUGGCCCUGCUUCGCCUCGGUAAAGAGGACGAGUGCCAGAGUAUCAUUGACCAGGUGCGUGGAGAGUCUGGACCAUUCGAGGAAUCAACGCUCCAAGCCAUGAGUAUCUGUUACAGAGAAACACAGCAACCUGAGAAAAUCAGCGAGGUCUAUGAGGCCGCAUCAAGAGCUGAUCCUCAAAAUGAAGAUCUUCUCACGCAUCUUUUCAUGUCCUAUGUGAGAUUGGGGGAUUUCAAGAAACAGCAGCAAACAGCGUUACAUUUAUACAAAGUAGUUCCUAAGAAUCCUUAUUACUUUUGGGCUGUUAUGAGUUGUGUGAUGCAGGCUCAGCAUGAAAAGGACGAGCAGGCCAAAAGAAUUUCUUUGAUGUUGGCAGAGAGAAUGGUGCUAAAAUUUAUCAACGAAAACAAAAUAGAGGCAGAGCAAGAAGUGCAGUUGUAUUUGAUGAUUUUAGAUCUCCAAGGAAAGACAGAUGAAAUACUUAAAGUUUUAUCUGGCCAAUUGGCAAAUUUUCUCACUCAUGUUCCACAACGUAAAGCUAAAUUACUACUUAAGAUGAAAUCUUUUGAUCAAGCUACAAAAGCUUACGAAGAACUUAUACGUAACGAUCGAGAUAACUGGGUAUAUUAUCAGGAAUAUUUAACAGCAGGUCUACAGUGUCAAACAGCUACCAAAUGUUACAAGUUUUUGAAUGAAACAAUCACUCUCACAUUUGAUGACAAAGUACGAUCGCCUCAACUUGCGCGUUUGGAAUUACUGAAGCGUGCUAAUGAACAAAAAUUGGAAAUCGAGCAUUGUGCACACAUAUGUGAUGAUAUGAGACAAUAUUUCAAGCAAUUUGGAACCAAAGGAUGCGUAGUUGGUGAAUUAAAAUUAUAUCUACAUCUCUUGAGUGAUGCUGAUGUGGAAGAAUUAUUAGAACACAUCGAGACUGAUAUUGGGAUGGUGGAAAAUGAAUAUCCAGUAACGGUCGACCAAAUGCAAAAGCAUAUUCAUUUUGAAGAGUUAAAACGUAUUUGUGGAAGACAUCACCAGCCGAGAACGAGUGACGAACAGAGAAGGGAACUUGUAAAAUAUUUUACUGAAUCAUACAAGAAAGGAAAUGCUCUCUGUCCGAAGGACACUAGAUUACCAACUGAUUUCUGUCCUGCUGAUUCUUACAUACUCCUGGCUGUUCACAUCUUGCAUCAAUUGUGGAACGACACACGAGAAGCAGAAUUACUGUGCGAAGCAAUGAUACUUUUAGAAGAAGGACUAAUGUCCAGUCCUGCCAAUUUUCACAUAAAGAUACUUUUGAUAAAGACGUAUUUAGAGGCAGGAUUAGCAGAAGCUGCUGAUUAUGCUUAUUCACUGUUAGAUUGUAAACAUAUCCAAUUAGAUUCUCUAGGUUACCUACAUGUACCAUUACUCGCGCCUCUUGGUUUUUUAACUCAGGCAGCGAAUUGUCUAGACAAUGCUGCUAAAUUUUUUACUUCGAGUUACAAGGAUAGCGCCGAUAAUUUAGCGUUUGCAUUUAGAUAUGGGAGUUUCCUCAAAAUCGAAGAAUUUCUCGAAUUUCAAGAGCGUUUGAAAAAUUCAAUUCAUUUUGCUUCAGUUACCGUCGACAAAAUGUUAUUAGAGUUGAGCAAUUGCGAAAGUCCAAAUCAGGUUGCUUUAACGCUAUCCACCAUGAACGUUAAAUACGCAGAAGACCCUAUUCGAUGGGAUAAAUUGCGCGACAAUCGAGAUGUAGAUGUUGUGGUAGGUUGGGAACCACUUCAAGAAAAGGACGAUGAUAUACGCAUGAAAGAGGAAACACGGGAGUGUAUGGUUUGUUUACUGGCUGCUCGUAGUAUCAUUCUGAGAAUAAUAGCGGCUGCCAAUGAUGCAUCAGAUUCAUCUGCAACCAUGUCUUUAUUAGCUGCCGAAUUAAGAAAAUUGCAAAAUGAAACAAUUCCUUUGGUUCUCAAAAAAUUCGAGUUUGUAUGUGUUGAUGAUAAAAUCAACAGAAUAAAUAGCGUUUUAGUUCCUCUGGAUGCUGUGGAUCGUUUGCGUGAAAUUUAUAGCUCCAAACAACUGGGUUUGAUUGCUCAGUUUGCCGAUUCACUGGCUAAUUCGUCAUACCCCGAUGCGGAAUGCCUCGAGGCACUAAAAGAAUCGGAUUGUUUGAAGCUUUUGCUUGUGCCCCAAAGAGACUUGGAAGCUUCAUUAAAAAAUAUUUUAUUCAGGGCGUCCACUUGUGGAGAAACUUUAGCUUUUUUGAGUGCCAUUUGUACUUUAGCUGCAUCACACAUCAAGCCUAAUAUUUUAAAAAAGAAAAAUAGACGAAAAAGUACAAAGGAAACUGAGGUAUCCGAGAUGAUAUUGGAGAACAAAACAUGGUCUAUACUUUCUCAGAUAUUGUCUACCAAACUGAAACAUUUGGAGUCUACUUUAAGGAGUCUUGAAGAAAUGGAAGUUUAUGCAAAUUUGAAUGUUUCAAGGGAGGCAGCUUGGAAAGUGAAAGAACGAGCAAAUAGGAGUCUGAAGUCUUCUUGUAGCUGUCUUAGAAAACGUGUCGAAAAUACUCAAAAACUUAUAAACAACUUGAAAAGCUGAAAUUUUACAAUUAUUUUGUACAAAAAUUUUCAAUCCGCUCAAGUACAUUUGGCCAAUGAAUGUACA